AUGGAUAGAUCAACUCACUCUAAUGCUCGACCUUCUAGUGGGAGCAAAGAUAAAAAUGAUCAAGGAAAAAAGGAACAUGUCAUAACAUAGUUAGAAUAGAUUAUUAUGGAACGUUUGAGGACCGCAGUCAAAGAUAUUGAAGUACCCUUUUGUUGAUAAUACAUUUAGGUUGAAUAAGAGAAACAAAUGAAGUAAAAAUAAGAUUCAGGGAAAAACGAUUAAGUGGCUGUGGCUUUAUGGUCGAAGAUUAGGGGAUGGGCAACUGAACAACCAUUUAGUAACUGAUUUAAUUUAAAUUUUAUAGAGAGAUUAGCAAACCAAAUUGUAGAUAACCAAAAAAUACCAUAAGAGGCAAGAUAACGAUUCAGUAAACCCUUCUUGGACUAAUAAAAAUUGAUUUUGAAUAUCGAUUAGGAUAAGUCUAAAGUUAAAAUUAAGUUAAAUGAAUACUAUUAAACUUUGGCCAAAUCAACUCAAGAUAAUAUGAAUUCAAUUAGUGUUAGUCUUGGUAGAUUAGCAAAUGCUGGUUGUUGUGGAAAAGGGGAAGCCUUAAGAAAUUUUGAAAAUGAGUUCAGAAAAAUAGAGUUUGACUUUAUUUAAUGGGCAGCCUUGCCUAAUUUAGAAAAUAAUAAUGUUGAUAUUGUAGUAGUAAAAACUAGUCUUAAUUAUGACGAUUUUAGAUCAUUCCUAAUUAAGCAAUUAAAUGAUUAUUUUCCUAGUGCAGCAGGAGAAACUAAGAUAAUUGAAAAACCUGUUGAUAAAGUAGUAUAUGUAGAUAAACCGGUUGAAAAAAUCGUUUAUGUUGAUAAGCCUAUUGAAAAGAUUGUAUAUGUGGAUAAACCAGUUGAGAAGAAAGUCGUUGAGUACGUUGAGAAGGUUAAGGAAGUGCAAGUCUAUAGAGAUUAGCCUAUUUCAGAUGAUAGAUUGAGAACUGCACAUGAGAUGCUCUACGGUAUUGGAAAACCUUAGAAUAUCACUGAGGCUCUAAAUUUAUACUAUGAAUUGGCAGAGGUGAACUAAGACGUUACUGCCUAAAAUGUUAUAGCCCAAAUAUUUUCUGAAGGCAAAUUCUUUCCCAAAGAUUUAAAUAAAGCAUAUACUUAUUGGGAGAAGAGUGCUGCAGCAAAAAACGCAGAAGGUUUGUAUAGAAUCGGUCGUUUGCUAUUGGAUGAAGUGAUUGAUGGGUAGAUGUUAUCCCAAGGGAAACUAUAGACAAAGGAUGAAUAAAAAUCAGAAGCUGUGGUAUUCUUUUAGUAGGCAAGUGAACAAGGACAUUUGGAUGCCCUGGUAGAUUUGGGAGAGAUAUUUGAGAAUGGACUCAAAAGUGAAGAUGGUGAAUCAUGUACAUAUUAUUAAUCUUAUGUUUUGUUAGAUAUACAAGAACCAAGUCUAGAUUCAGCAUAGUUCUACUAUUCUUAGGGAAAGAAAGUCAGAUAUCCCAGAGCUAUCAAUGCCUUAGCCCUCUUUUAUUACAAUCAUCCAGAUUAUUAAGAAAUAGUAGUUGGAAAUAACUAUCGUAAAGCUCUCAAAUACUUUGAAAUAGCCAAAGAACUUGGUUUUGCCAAUUCACUCUAUUGGUUGGCAUAAUGUUAUGAAUUUGGUUAAGGAGUUGGAGUCAAUUUGGAGUAGGCAAAAAGCUAUUACAAAGAAGGAGCAUUGAAAGGGGAUGUUGCAUGCAGACUGUAAUACAUGCAUUAUGUGAUGAAAGAUUGCAGUAAUUCAGGAAGGUAGGAGGAUUACCUAUUUGCUCAUUAAUACUUGAUUCAAAUCAUGAUCCAAAACCCAGAGAUCACAGAAGUCUAUUUCUAUUUAGGACAUCUCUAUGAGUGUGGGUUUGGCGUGUAAAAGGAUCCACAGAAUGCUAUUUAUUAUUAUUUUAAAGGAGCACAACAAAAGAAUUCUACUUGCAUGACCAAAUUAGGAGAUUGUUACCAUAGCGGGUUUGGUGUUCCACAGAAUUAGAGAGAAGCUCUUAAGUUCUAUAAGGAGGCUGCUGAAUUGAAGGAUUCAGAAGCAUUAAUUAAUAUGGGUCUCAUUUAUGAACAGGGAUAUGAAGGAGUCAGUAUAGAUUCUGCCAAGGCUUUCAAUGCUUAUGAAGAGGCUUCUAAAUUAGGGAAUGCAAAGGCUGAUUUCCAUUUGGGAUUGAUGUAUGAGGCUGGGAAAUAUGUUAAAAAGGAUGUCAAUUUUGCAAUAUAAAGAUAUUAGAAAGCUGCUCAAUUGGGAUGUUAGGAGGCUAGGGAUCUGCUGAAAAAGAAGUAGAUCCCCAUGUUGUAUGAUGAUUCUGGCUUGAACGAUUAAGAAUUGAGUAUUACAUUAAUUCUAUGUUAGAUAUGCAUGCUGCAAAUAGAAAUGCUAUCAUGCUUAAUGGAGCUAUCCCAAUGAUUUAGAAUCCCUGCAUCAUUCAGCAGCCGAAAAAAACUAAUUAAUCAAUCAUUGCCUACAAAUCUCAACAUCAGGAAAUGGGCGAGGGAAAAAUGAUCAGUAUCCUAGCUCAACAAACUGCAACUCAGUCCAACUAUGUGCAAAGCUAUUAUUAGAAACCAGGCUAGUAACAUUGAUGCAGUG